AAUUGGUCUAUUUCUUGCUCCAUGCCUGAAUUUCAUUCCCAAGAAAUGCAGUUCACAGAUCACAGAAGCUGAACUGAGGAUGCUACUAACAGUUUUGAGCGGUUGGCUUUUUGUGGACAAGAGGAGACUCGUUGAAGUGUUCCCGGAACCGGUGCGUAAACUAUGGGACGAUUGGGAGCUACGAAUACUGGUUCUCAUCAGCCUCAGCUUGCAAAUAUUACUGAUUAUGAUGGGCAACCGCAGAAAGUACAAUCCAAGAGCUUGGCUCAGAUUGUGUAUUUGGUCAGCCUACCUAAUGGCAGACUGGGUGGCAACUGUUGCGCUUGGUGUCCUCUCCAAUAAACAAGGAAAUUCCUGCACCUGUGCUGAAUCGUUAGUAACCAAUACCAACGAUGAUGAGCUCAUGGCAUUUUGGGCACCAUUUCUGCUGUUACACCUCGGCGGCCCAGACACAAUUACUGCUUAUGCUAUAGCAGACAAUGAGUUGUGGAUAAGGCACUUGCUCGGACUAGGUGUCCAGACGGGCGUGGCACUGUAUGUCACUAUCACGGCCUGGAGUGGAACUUGGCUCUCCUUCCUCACCAUUCCCAUGCUUUUUGCUGGGUUAGUAAAGUAUGGAGAAAGGUCAUUAGCCUUGAGAUCUGCAAAUCGUGAACAGUUUCUUGAUUCCUUGCUCGAUCCUCCUGAUCCUGGCCCAAGUUAUGCAAAAUUCAUGGAGGAAUUCGCUUUGAAAAAGGAGGAGGGGUUUAAUGUGUUGGCUGAUGAGGUGAUCGAGGUUUCUCACCAGUCCGAUGGUCGCAAUGAUGGUAACAACAGUACCACUGAUACAGGGAAAUUAUUGCAUGAUGCGAACAACUUCUUCCAGAGUUUCAAGCGGCUCUUUGUGGAUCUGAUUCUUAGCUUCCAGGACCGAGACAAGAGCCAGUCCUACUUCCAGGAAUCCACUAAAUGGGAAGGUGCUUUUACGUUAGUUGAAAUAGAACUUGGAUUCGGGUAUGACGCUUUCUAUACCAAGGCACCUAUUACAUACACUAAGUGGGGAUGCAUUUUCCGCUUCAUCACUUCCUCAAUCACUAUUAUAGUGUUUGUGCUGUUCCUGAUUGUUGAGAAACGCAAUCACCUGCGGACUGAUCUCAUCAUUACUUACAUAUUGCUGGCUGGAGCUAUUAUUUUAGAUUUCUAUGCUGUCAUUUUGCUAUUACUCUCUGACAGGACAAAGCUAUGGUUGAGUGAGCGGAAAUCUCAGUUUUCUCGAAACUUUUGCUGUUUUCAGCCCAUGGUUUCCCGAUUGAUAUAUUGUUUUCAACCGAUCAUUUCUCCGUUAAUUUCUUGUUUUGGAAACACUGUCUCUAAACUAAUCCCUUCUUUUCUACCUUCUGACAAAAAGAGGUGGUCAAAUUCCUUGGCUCAGUACAAUUUGCUAACUUUUUCCCUUAAACGCAACCCCGUGCCUUUUCUGGAUGAUAAAUGUGCCCAAAAGAUUGUGAAACAUUUACCACUUUAUGAAACAUUGGAGAAGCACUGGUAUAAAUACCGUUGCGAAGAAAUCUCUAGCGAUAUCAAGAAGUUGAUCUUCCAGCACUUCCUGAAGAAAUCAAAGGACAGCAAAGAAAAAGCGGAGGUCAAGAAAGAAAAAGCAGAGGUCGACAAAGAAAAAGCAGAGAUCAACAAACAAAAAUCAGAGUACGACAAGAAUAUCGCGUCUUUAUGUAGUGCCAGAGGCGGUCUUGUUUUCAGAGAAGAACAAUAUAAAUGUUCCUCCUCAUUCGAUUGGAGCACUGAGCAGGUGGAAUUCGACCAAAGCAUUCUUAUCUGGCACAUUGCUACUGAUCUCUGCUAUCACUCAGAUGGCGGGGAAGACUUCGCUGCCGAAAAUCCGACUUGUCAAGGGAGCAAGAACCUAUCGGACUACAUGUUGUAUCUUUUAGUCUUGCGUCCUUUCAUGUUGCCAAUUGGGAUUGGGAUGAUCAGGUUUCGAGAUACUUGUGAGGAGGCCAAGGAAUUUUCCAAGGAAAAUGGUUUAUCGUCAAAAAAUAAGGACAAACUUCCCACAAUGCUGCUUGAGGUGUGUACUGAAGUUGAACCAACUAAGGUGAAAGGGGACAGGAGCAAAUCCGUGCUAUUCGAUGGGUGUAUGCUUGCAAAUCAAUUGCAGAAAAUGGUGGAGAAAGAGAAGAAGUGGGAGUUUGUUUGUAACGUGUGGAUUGAGAUCCUUGGUUACGCUGCUAGUCACUGCAGAGGAUAUCAUCAUGCUCAACAGCUUUCAAAGGGCGGGGAGCUCCUCACCCAUGUCUGGCUUCUUAUGGCGCAUCUUGGCAUUACCGAACAAUUUCAAAUCAACCGAGGCCAUGCCAGAGCCAAGUUGGCUGUGAAAUGACUGAUCUUUUCUUUUUACAUAUGUUUUGCAUGUACUCAAGUGUUUUGAUGUAAAGAAAGACGCAUAUUGCUUGGAUUUAGUAGGUUUUACAACUAAAAGAGUACUGCAAUAAGGAAGAUUA